GUUCUCAGACGAGUUUCGUGUUUGAGGAAGUGAAACUGUCUCAGUCUCAGUUAUCGAGGGGAGAAAUGGCGCAGAAAGGAGAUCAGCUGGACCAGGAAACCUUUUCUUGUUCCAUCUGUUUGGAGGUUUUAAAGGAUCCGGUGACUAUUCCCUGUGGACACAGUUACUGUAUGAACUGUAUUAAAUCCUACUGGGAUAAAGGAGAGAAGAAACUCCCCAGCUGUCCUCAGUGUAGAGAAACGUUCACCACGAGGCCUGCGCUGGUGAAAAGCACCAUGUUAGCAGCUUUAGUGGAGCAGCUGAAGAAGACGGGACUCCAAGCUGCUCCUGCUGAUCACUGCUAUGCUGGACCUGAAGAUGUGGCCUGUGAUUUCUGCUCUGGGAGAAAACUGAAAGCUGUCAAGUCCUGUUUGGUCUGUCUGGCCUCUUACUGCCAGACACACCUUCAACCUCAUCGUGAUUCAUCUACAUUCAAGAACCACAAGCUGGUGGAUCCCUCCAAGAACCUGCAGGACAACAUCUGCCCCCGUCACGCUGAGGUGAGGAAGAUGUUCUGUCGUACUGAUCAGAAGUGUAUCUGUUAUCUCUGCUCUGUGGAGGAACAUAAAGGCCACGACACGGUCUCAGCUGCAGCAGAAAGGACGGAGAGGCAGAGAGAGAUGGAGGAGAGUCGACAACAAAUCCAGCAGGAGAUCCAGGACAGAGAGGAAGAUGUGAAGCUGCUUCAGCAGGAGGUAGAGGCCGUCAAUCAGUCUGCUGAUAAAACAGUGGAGGACAGCGAGGAGAUCUUCACUGAGCUGAUCUCUCUCCUCCAGAAGAGGAGCUCUGAUGUGAAGCAGCAGAUCAGAUCCCAGCAGGAAACUGAAGUGAGGAGAGUCAGAGAGCUGGAGGAGAAGCUACAGCAGGAGAUCACUGACCUGAAGAGGAGAGAUGCUGAGAUGAAGCAGCUCUCAGACACCGAGGAUCACAACCAGUUCCUCCACAACUGGCCCUCACUGGCACCACUCAGUGAGUCCACACACUCCUCCAGCAUCAGCAUCCGUCCUCUCAGGUACUUUCAGGGCGUGACAGCAGCUGUGUCAGAGGUCAGAGGUCGACUACAGGACAUCCUGAGAGACACGUGGACAAACGUCUCACUGGCCGUCGCUGAGGUGGAUGUUUUACUGUCACAACCAGAACCAGGACCAAAGAGCAGAGCUGGAUUCUUGAAAUAUUCAUGUGAUAUCACUCUGGAUCCAUACACAGUAAACACACAACUGUUACUGUCAGAGCAGAACAGAAAGGUGACUUUGACGGAGAAACAUCGGUCCUAUUCUUAUCAUCCAGACAGAUUCACUUAUGUUUGGCAGGUUCUGAGUAGAGAGAGUCUGACUGGACGUCAUUACUGGGAGGUGGAGAAGAAAGCAGGUCUAGUUCGUGUAGCAGUUUCAUACAAGAAUAUCAGCAGAUCAGGGUGGAAAAGUGUAUUUGGAUAUAAUGACAAAUCUUGGUCACUAGAUUGUUCCUCAGACAGAUAUGAAUUCAGGUACAACAACAUCCAAACCUCCAUCUCAGAACCUCCUUCCUCCAGAAUAGGAGUUUACCUGGAUCACAGAGCAGGAGUUCUGUCCUUCUACAGCGUCUCUGGAACCAUGACCCUCCUCCACAGAGUCCAGACCUCCUUCACCCAGCCGCUCCACGCUGGAGUUCAGGUUUACGGCAAUACUGGAGACUCAGCUGAGUUCCGUAAACUCAGAUAGACGCGUUUCCUUCUCCGUGUUUAUAAGUCAGAGUUGAUUGUUGUGAUGUUUCUUCACCGUUCAGAGAUCCACGUCUCACUAUGAUUGUAGAGGAACUUUGUUCUUCAGGUGUUUUUCAGGUUUCACUCUUAUUUCUGCUCAUUUAUGGGAUGUUUUAGCCUGUUUUAUUUCAUCAACCUGAAACUCUAAAUGUGUCUUUAUGUUUUAAUCACAUUAUUCUUCUUCAGCUUAAUGAACCUGAACAGAAAAAGGAGCAGAUCUGCGGAUCAGAUGAUGUUGAUGUCUAAAUCUGUUGAGGAAGUUUCAUGUUUAACAACCUGAAUAUUUAGUAAGAAAUAAAACU